UCAGAUUGGGGGAAGUAUUGGGGAUGGUUUAUCAAGUUUAUAUCGUGUAUACCGUUUUCAGCUAUUGACAUUUUUAGUGGAAGAAGGUACGUGGUCAUGCUGGAAUGGAUUUUGAUUGGGAUACUGUUUAUUUUGACGUAUGUUGUUCUAACCUUAACAACCACAUCAGGCAGUCAGUAUGCUGACAACAGUAUUGAUGCAUUCAUCAGUAAAGGCAGUCCAGCAGUGAAGGGGAGACAACCAAGAGAAACCAAGUACAAGAAGGAUUAUACCACAGAGGGACAACAGAUUCUGGUGUUGUAUGGGACAGAGUAUGGCUUCAGUGAAGAGGUGGCCAGGAAACUCUUUGACAGGUUAUCUACCGAGUCCUUGUUGAGAGGAACAUUAUGGCAGCCUCGACUGGUCAAUGUAAAACAUUAUCAACACAUCCAUUGGUCAGAAGAACAGCUCUGUUUACUGGUCAUUUCCACCAGUGGCGAUGGUGUUCCCCCAACAGAUGCUCUUCCAUUUUAUGAGAUGCUGAUGAAAUCUUGUGAAGAUUUUAGUCAUCUACAUUAUGCAGUGUUGGCUCUGGGAGACUCAAAUUACCCACAGUUCUGUAAAACAGGAAAAACUCUGGAUAAAAGAUUUUGUGAACUGUUGGCUGUUAGAGACUUGGAUUGUCAGACAGUUGACAUGGAGGACUGGGAAGUCAUUUCUGAUUGGAUGAACAGAGUGAUGGGAGUGGUCAGUGAUGCUGACUUGAAGGUCAGAAAGGAUUAUCUCAGUGUCAGUUCACUGGGAGGGGAUGAGGGACAUAACAGGACCAACCCUUUCUUCUCAAAGUUAAUGGUGAAGCGAUUGCUGACAUAUGUAGAGCAUGACGAUGACAAGGCUACUAUUCACUGUGAAUUUGACAUUGCAGGAAGUGGGCUGACAUGGAUCUCAGGUGAUGCAUUGGGUAUUUACCCACAGAACAAUCCCUAUAAUGUACAAAGGAUUUUACAGACUCUCGGUUACAGUGGAUUAGAGAAGAUAGAUAUACAAAACCACAGUUUGCCUGUUAAUAUUGAAGGUACCAUAACAAGCAAAGAGAUGCUGCUAAAAUAUCUGGAUAUAAAGCAUGUGAGGCCUGAGUUUUUAGAAAACAUCAUGGAUUUUACAAGAUGUCCUUUACAGCGAAGAGCAUUGGAGGACCUCAUUCACCCACAACUUGCUUCAAAUAUACGAGAAUAUCUGUUGCAAAGGGAGAUAAUUGAUAUUUUGGAGGAGUUUAAAGUUGAUGGCCUACCUGUAGAAAAAUUCCUGUCUCUUUUGAAGCCUUUACAGCCCAGAUACUACUCCAUAUCAUCAUCACCUCAAAGUGAUUCCAAUACUGUGUGUGUAACAGCUGCUGUGGUUAGGUACGCCUCAUUGGACAAAUGUCGGGAGGGAGUAACCACCUGUUACCUUCAAAACAGGCUCCAGCUAGGGGAUCAGUGCCCUGUGUUCAUAAGCAGGAACCCAGACUUCAGGUUACCUAGCAACACCAAGACUCCGCUCAUUCUGAUUGGUCCAGGAACCGGAAUAGCUCCAUUCAGAGCAUUCUUGCAGGAAAGAGCCUUGAUAAGUGAAGAGGACAGAGGAAUGACUUUACUUUACUUUGGAUGCAGACACAAAAAUAAGGACUUUUUGUACAGAGAAGAGCUUGAAAAAUGGCAAGAGAAUUUUGGGUUACAUCUCAGGAUAGCAUUUUCUAGAGACCAAAGGGAGAAGAUUUAUGUUCAAGAUUUACUCUUAGAAGAUAGUGUCUUAGUAUGGAGUCUUAUCAGCAAGGAAAAUGCUGCAGUAUAUGUUUGUGGAGAUGCUAAGCAUAUGUCACAUGAUGUUCAUAAAACUUUGUUAGAGAUUAUCAUUACCCAAGGGCAGAUAACUCCUGAGGAGGCCAAACUUUACCUUUCAUUAUUGGAGAGAGAAGGCAGAUAUCAGAUCGAUGUUUGGGUCACAUGAUCAGUAGUAACAUUUUACAGUCAGGUGCUUGGGAACAGUGCAAUUAUUGAUAUAAGUGUUCUGGAACUUCUUUGAUACCAGUGAUACUUUGGUUCAGCACUUAUACAUAAAAGAGCGU